UAGGGAAACGUCAGGAAGCGUCAGAAACGUACUCAAACGCAUCGAUUGUUGUCGGGGAUACAACCGAUGCGUCGAUAUCGCGAUCAUCGUAGCGAGUCACGUCGAUGCACGCGCGUUCUAUUUAUAGCAUUCCCGAUUCUUUCGGCGCCGCCUGCCAAGUAUUUUGACGUAAGACCAACCGGACGCGAUUUCACGUCAUCGAAGUGGAGAAACACGUCCUCGUUGCAUUUCCAAUCUUCCCGCGUUCCUCUCCGUCGAGAAUCCUCGCUCGUGUCUUUCACUCACCACGCGAGUGUCUCGCGUCCGUUCUCGUGCGGUUUCACCAGGUUUCACCCAGCUGUGCGGUGAGGUUAAGCCGCGUAGUCAAUAACCUCACGCUCUCGAGAGAGCUCCUUGUGCGUGGUGAACGACGAUGUCGCCCGGUGUCAACGGAGGAGGCGGGGGCGGGGGCGGAGGCGGAGGCCCCCGCAACACGGGCACCCUGCCGAAGAGCAAUCGGAGGAGCGACAGGAACCGGGAACGGUUCGCCGCUAAUCAGCAAAACCGUUCGGUUUAUCACGGCCACCCGCAGCAUUUUAACAACUUGUUUCAACUAGAUUGGCAAGUAGCAAGUGAGUACGAUCGUGAUUCAAGAGUACCGAGAGAAGCAAAAAACAGCAACACAAGAUCAGCCUCCUCUCAACUAUCUUCUUCAUACUUUACAACGUACCAAGACUUAUCUGACUUUGGAACACACAACUCGACAAGACAAUAUAAUUACAGUAUAGAAGACUGUACACCUUGGAUAAAAAUGAUACCAUUUACUGAUCCCAGAACUCAAUCACCUUCACAAUUACAGGGAACAAAGCCCUCUAAUGUGAAUAAGAUGCCCGAGAAAAGCCAAGUAGAAAGUCGCUUAAAUCAGAUCAGAGAUUACAUCAGAGUCACUGCAACAAUGAUAGACUCUCUUGGUCAAUCCUCUGAUCCUCGAGCACAAGCUCAGAGCGAAAAAUUAAGUAGAAUGGUGGACGAUCUUCACGACAGUGAGACAAAACUCUCCAAAUUACUAGAGCAGUAUCAUAAUAAUGGAAUCUCUGACGAGAAUGGCGAAAGAGAAGACAUAGAUGAAUGCGGCGAUGCUAGCAGAGAGAUGCAAUUACGAAGGAAUAUGGAAGAAUAUCAGAACAAACUCGCGCAGUUGCAAGAACAGCAAGCCAACUUAGCGGAUAUGCAGAUGUGUGUCAGAGAAAGAUUGAACAAGGCGCGUCAAGCGCAACAAGUGCUUUUGCAACAAGAGAAUCAGAGUAUGUCUAACUCCACUACCUGGGAAGACAACCGUGCGUCCCUGCCGAGUCCUGCUAAUGUCGAGCAACUUGAGUCGGAAACGGAGGCAUUGAGAGGCAAACUGGCACAACUACAGACAAAGAAGAAACAAAUGGAUCACCUUGUAGCGGAAUUACAAGCCAUAGAGACGUCCGACAGAGGCAGUUGUAGCUCGGAAGGUUCGAGAAACACAAUAAAGGAUAAAACCGCAGAAUUGGAAGCGAUGAAAGCACAACUUGCACAUGUAAAGGCUUUAGUGGAGGACGGUACGAAAAUUCGCGAUUCUAUCGACUUUUCUUCCGAACCCGAGCAAGAUAUUGACGCGCACGAUGAAAGUGCAACGAAUGGAAUUAGCGAGGAUAUGACAAAUAUCUCAUUUGAAAAUCGAAGCAAUGACGUCAAUCAUACAAAACAUCGAAGUUUGGAGUCUAACAUCUCAGAUAUACGGACUCUGACAUCAGAGCUUAAAGAACAAUCAACCUUGUUACAAACUACACGAGCCAAAUUGCAACGCUUAAAACAACCAUUACCUGCGACUGCUCACCUUGCUUCUUCGAACUGCCCAUCGUUCCCUCGCCCACCUCCAGCACUUAUACCUCUAAGUGCAAACGAAAAGAAGCAGAGUUUUAAUGCUAGUGCGGAGACUCAGUCUAAGCAAGCAAAAAGACAUCAAUUUGAAGAUCUUAUAAGAAAGGAACCAACACAGCCUUCCAAUAUGAAUCGGGAUCAAGCGUUGGAUCAAAACAGUCAACGGAGCUCUGGUUCUCAAGCUAGUCAUACCAGCACACCUGCAAAUAUCUGGCCAUCUUCUGCCGCUGCAGGUGCAGGAGGUUCUAACGAGCAAAGUGUAGACGGCGUAUCUACGUCAGAAAAUUUAUUGGAUAUUGGUCUACCCGCUGCUAUCGAGAAUGGUGGAGUUGUUGGAAAUUUAUGGACCUGUCCUAUACCACCUCCGUCUAUUAAUCAAGGACAAACUGCCACGAUUGAGUAUUAUCGGCAAUUAUUAUUGGGUUCGCAAGCCCAUCAGUUGCAAAUGAUGGGCACAACAAUGCAACAGUGCUGUCAACUUCUGUGGUCGCAGCAACGUGAAUUACAAUCCAUGCGUACUGCCAUUGCUGAACUACAAUUACGAUCACAAAAUCAGGCUCCGCAGCGCAUCAACAAUGCUGAAACUCAAGAGGAACACUCUAAUCUGAGCCGUAGCGUCCACAAUCUCGGUGAUACGUUGGAUGCAACCUUACCUCCCAGUUCAUCCUUACCGAAUCUCGUGUCGCUACCUAAUUCUUCAGCAGCAUUAUCGCAUGCUCCAAUAGUUAGCUCUAACUUGCAGCAGCAACAGCAGCAACAAUUGAACAAUCAAGUACCUCCUGGUAAUAGAGCGAACAACUACUGGGAUAAUUUUCGAAGUUAUUCCCGACAAAAUCUGCUCUCAGGAAAUGUGAAGACAAUGACCGAUCCUCCAAUGGCUGUAGCAAAUUCGACGUGUUCCGCAAACACAACUAAUACAAGUGGAAGCAGCGUUAACAGUUCAUUAAUAAAAGAGCGAAAUCGAGAGCAAGGAUCCGAUAAUUUAUCUCUACCAUUAACUGGCGCAGAGACGCAAUAUUCAUUGAAUCUACAAUUACAGUCAAAUUUACAACAACAGGACAGAGAAAAUACUACUAUUCGCAGUAAUAUCAUAACAAAUGAAAUGUCUCAACAAGUUGAUAAUCUUUGGGAGGAAGCUCAUAGUUCUUUUCGAUUAUCAUCUGCAACGAAUGAUGAUAAUCUUUUUAAUAACUUAAGUUCAGAGUUGAAAGAGGCAAUCAGUUCGGUCAUCGCAGUGAAUAAGAGGCGACCCGAUUAUUUAAUAAUUAUUUUAAGAGAGAUUAAGGCCAUUAGCGAGGAUCAUCGAUUGCGAUCUCAUUUGUUAAGAUCAUUACGCGCUUUGCAAGACAAGCAAACAUUAAAUAAUCCAUUGAAUGAAGCACCUGACUUAACUCCAAGCGAAAGUUACCAAUCUAGCGACGAAGAUUCGGAUGCAGAUUUUGCUUUGGAAAAUGCAUCUAUGAUCGAUCAUUCGGCUAUGCUCAAAAUGGUUGUGAUGUCUCAUGUUACUGCCUCAUCUCCGGUUUCAUCUCAAGUACCAUUAAUAGAACAUUUGGAAAUAACGGAAACAUCUCCAGUUGAAUGUGCAAGUGCAGUCCCUUCUACUUCCAACGCUAAACCCGGUUAUAACGAAGAUUUAGCGGAAGCCGAUCAAUCAAGACCUGAAUCUUCAGGAAAUCAAAAACUUCCUAUUAGCGAUAUAGAUAAUGAGGGAGGGCAAGAAGAAGCAGCUUCUUAUCCGAUUACUGUAGAGGCGACUACUCCUGACCUCGAAAGUUUAGCAGCCAAGACUGAAGAUGAAAGAGCAGAGGACACUAUUCUUGAUAAUUUUUUUAGAUUGCAUUAAAAGAUUUGUUAUUAGAUUGCUCUCAUUAAUCACGAUGUGAUAAAAUGCUAUUUACACCUAUUUUAAGUGUAAAAGGAAAGUAAAGAUGUACCGUAAUCUUUGACAAGAUAU